AGAAGAAGAAGGCAUCCUUCAGGAAACAGGGAAGAGCGAUUUUUCUGUCGCCCUUGGGUGCGGGACAUAUUUUAACCAUGGCUGAAGAAAGCCUCCGCAGCUCGGACACGGACUGAAACCCGCCCCGCUCAAGGCUACCCAAGCGCUCUGUGAGACCAUGGUGGACAAUCGCUACGCCACAGCUCUGGUCAUUGGCUCAGUGCUGAGUCUGCUGGCCACUGUCUACCUGUCUGUGGCUGUGGGGACUCAGCAAUGGUUCCAGUACAGCAGCAAGCAUGGCGACAAGACGGGAAACGGAACUUCCCCCAGAGAAAGGUUCAUGGCUGACGACUGGGAGGAGAAGAACUUCAGCGACCUACUGCUCCAAAGGAACGGCACUCUGGGUUUGUGGUGGAGGUGUAUCCAGCUGCCAAGUGAGUCCCUCUGGUAUAGAGAGCCAGAUGAUCCUCCUGCAGUCAAUGAAAGUGACGCCAGAGCACAGCCGGCAGACUGCGCUCGUCAAAGUGGAUGUCCAGAUCCCAAGAUGGAGACCUUCUGUGUGCCUUUCACCCUUCCUCAGCAAUUCAGAGCAAUACCCAAAACGCCCGGAAACGGCGAACCUGAGGAGGAUCUGCUGAGGACAUACCUGUGGCGGUGCCAGUUUCUCCUGCCCUUGGUGUCUUUGGCCCUGGUGUUUCUCAGCGCUCUUGUAGGGUUCUGUGCCUGCUUAUGCCGCAGCUUCACACCCACGCUGGGGGUGGGAGUGCUACAUUUCCUUGCAGGCCUCUGCUCUCUGGGAGCCGUGUGCUGUUUCCGGACCAGCGUGCAUCUGCUCGGCCCCGGCGCCGACGGCUCGGUGGGGUGGUCUUUCUACCUGGCGCUCAUCUCCUUCCCGCUGCAGAUUAUGGCCGGCGCUCUGUUCCUGUGGGCGGCCAGGAGUCACCGCAAGAGCUACACUCGCAUAGCCGCGUACCGAAUCGCCUAAAGGCAGGGGAGCGAUGCGCCUCAACAUAACCAGCAGGUCUACAACCGUCACAAUAGUCUGUGGUUGUGUCGCAAUAAACUGUGCAGGUUGUAGCUUCUCACUUCCACUGUAGCAUUCCUGUAGUGCAGUAAAGGUUCAGGGUAUCACGGGUUUCAGCGAGGAAGCUGCAGCUAAUCCAGGCGUACUCGCAAACUGAGACUGAAUCAUCCUGUGUGGCUUUUUUUUUUUUUCCUCCUCACCUUUGCCUCCUUUUGUUUGCCUUUGUUACGGACUUAUCUUGAUGUUGCAUGUUUAUUUUAUUUUAAAAUGUAGAUGUGUUUAAAAUCAGAUUUUUAUUAUGCCAUCUGCCUUCUUUUUGGUUGCCAAUGCUUCUUUAGCUGCUCGCCAAGUUGUCCUUAACAACUGUGGUGACUUGCACUAUCAGAACUUUUAUGCGUGGACGGUUAUCCAAGUCAAGGUAGUUAUUUCUGUUACAGAAAGCGUCCGGAUGCGCCUUUUAUUUUACCAUUUUGUUGUCUUGUUUGUGCGUUUUUAAAUAUCAAGGCUCUGCAUGUGAUUGGAGCCGACCUUUCCACCAUCUGUGGUGAUUCUUUAUCUUGGUCUGUGGUAAAAUGACUAAAUGUCAUGAAAUGUCACUCUCUAAAAGUGGAACCACUCAUCAUUGUUAUUAAUGGAUCUAGUGUUUAAUUAUACAGCGUAAUUGUUUUUUUUUUGUUUUUUUUUUUAACACGCUGGAUUGACUAGAUCCGCUCGGGAAAUUCAGUAACUACUGCCUUUCUCAAAACCUUGAAAGCCGUCUAAAGAGUUAUUUUCUCAGUUUUUAUUUUUUAUCUGGUAUUCUUACAUGCUGAGUAGAGGAGUUUGUCAAUCUUUGCUGCCGUUUAUCUUUCCACUUUGUCUUUCCGAAAACAAUUAAAAAAAAAAUUAUCGCCUUGAUAUUAAGUGCCUUGCAAAAGUAUUCACACCCCUUGAAUUUUGGCACAUCCUUUGCAACUGCAGACUUUUUUUUUUUUUUAUGUUUCGUUUUUCUGGACCAACACCCAGCAAUGCUUGGAUGUGAAGUCAAAUUUAACUGAGAACUAUUUUUAGAAAUCUAACCCACCACCUCUGUUAGUGCCGCAAGUGUUUGAGCAAAGCACCUAAAAGCUCAGGUUAGAUGGCCAGAGCAUCUAGUCAGGGCUAUUUUCUAGCCUCGCCCCUGAUUGUCAUUUAAGUGCAGCUCUGAACUUUGACUGGCUCGUUAAAACACAAGUAUGUCGUUCCGUUCUGAAGCAUCCUGUUUUGGUUCUGGCUCCAUGUUUAGGGAUGUUGUUCUGCUGGAAGGUGAAGCGUUGCUCCUCUCUCACGUCUUUUGCAGCCUCUAACAGAUUUCCGGCCAGAAAAGCCCCGUAUUAAAUGCAGAGACGGGGACUACUUUCCCUUUCUGCUCGGAUGCUCCAACCACCAUGUUUGGGUUAGGGUUGGGGAUUGUGGGUAUUUUAUGUGCACGGCUCGUUUUCCUGCACACUUAAGAUAAAGAAGUCUGGCUUCUUCCUCAUUUGCCGUUUUCCCCACAUUGCUUUUGGCAAAACUAUAAUCUGGACUUGUGGCUUUCUUAUCGCUUCUCCUCUGAUAGAUUUUUGAAGUGCAUAAGUAAUAGUUUUUAUGUCGGAAUAUUUUCCAUAGUGAUUUCUGCAGCUCCUUUCUUGUAAUGAUGGACUUCUUGGUUGCUUCUCUGUGUAGCCUUCACACGCUCGCUCUGUCAGUUUAGGUGGAUGGCCAUGUCUUGGUAGGUUUGCAGUUUUACCAAACUCCCGUUUUUAGAUGGAUUUAAAAUGGCUUUGUGAGAUGUUCCAAGCUUGGGAUACUGUUUAAUACCAUAACCCCAGCUUUAAACUUCUCCACAUCUUCUUCCCUGACCUGUCUGCUGUGGUCCUUGGACUCCAUGACGCUGUUUGUUCUCCAACAAACCUCUGAGAAUAAAAUCACACACAGGUUGAGUAAAGGGGCAUAAUACAAAUGCAUGCCCCAUUUUUUUUUUUUCAUGCAAAACAUGUUGAAAUUGCCACUUCAAGCCUUAUGCAUGGCUUUCUGUUGGUCUACCACAUAAAAUUCAAGAUGAAUGCAAAGUUCUUGAAUUUAACAUGAAUAGUGAAAAGUUUAAGGGUGAUAAUACUUUUGCAAAAAUAACACCUGAGUGAACAACUUCAAGAGGCUCUGCAGUAAACCCGUUUUAUUUGGCUAAUUAACUGGUUCUUACAUCGACCAACUUCUGAUUUCUUCAAUCAACAUGAUUUUUUCAUCUGAAUCAUAAAUGUACAUUUAUAUUGUUGGAGAAAAUAUGUUUUAAAAAAACAGCACGAUUUCAACACUUGAAGCACUUUUUCAUAAUGUAUAACAUGAGGACAAUUUAGGAUGUUUGGAUUAAAUUGCUUUUGCAAUUUUAAGAAAAUACCAUAAUGGGGAAAAUAAGAAAAAAGCUUCAGUUUCCCGGGGAGAUCAAACAUCGCACACAUUUGAGGGUUUAUGUCUUUUUUUUCCAGCAUGAUGGACAAAUCGGGCUUACAGAGGCAGUCAUGCCUUGCGUCUACCACACGGGGGCAGUGUUGGGACAUAUGUCUAUGAGGGUCUCCCCAAACAUUAGAUCAGCUGACAACCGUGUUAUUUUCACUCCUGGACUUCUCAGCACAGAAGCACACAUUUUUCUUUAGGCUUUCACAAGAUCGGGGAAAAUCUUUAAGCACAUUUAGAUAAAAAUAAACAGAUUAGUAAAACAGUCCAGUUUUGAAAAAGUGCUGCAAUCUCAUGUAACGGUGGCCCAACAAAUUGUUAAUGUAAGUGCUUUUCUGAAUAUUUUGCUGAUUAUUCAGUGACUACCAGAAUCCCUACUUAGUUACAUUUUUAAUGGGUGAGGAUUUGUAAUUUCAUGCCGUUGUCAGAGAAUUAAAAAAAAAUGUCACAUUGUUUUGAAUUUACAUCAUCCUUUCUGAAGUCUUCUAUGUCAUGAUUUCUAGUUACAUGUAAUGAAACCUUUGUAAAAGUUUAACAUGUAUCGAAGCACUAUUGUUGCUGUAGAAAUAAAUUUGAUAAGGCGGUCCAUUUAA